UUUGAGAACAUAAAAUCAAAUUCCCAAUCUGCCAAAGGUUCCACGUUGAUAAUUUUGGAAUCAUCAGAAAUCUCACUUUUAUUAUCCUCAGUGGAAUCAACAUAUUCGUCGAAUGAAAAUGUACCGUUUUGGCCUGUACCGUAUUACAAAAAUAAGAUUUAUAUAAGUCAAUCAUCUACUUUAAUAAAAGCACUACCUUUUGAGGAUAGCCAGCAGGUUACCCAAAGUUCUGGAGGUGGAAGUAGAUUGUUUGGAGGAAGAGAGGGUAACAGAGCUGGCGCAGGUUCGAGGCUAACUAGUAGCAUUGGAUGGGGAAAUAAAGAUAGUCAAGUUACGGUAGAAUCUGUUGAGGCCUGGGAAAAUAAUUUAUACAUAGGCACUUCGGAUGGACAGUUAAUUCAUUAUUUGCUCGAUGAUCAAGUUUUGUCCAAAGAUAUGACCGCAUUACCCACGACAAACUUCCCAUGGAUUAAAGGAGUUACAUGUUUUUGUCAUGAUACUUCAAAGGAGGGCAAACUUGAACGAGAUGGAUCAGUCAAAUUAUGUGUAAUGAAGAAAAGAACGCUACAUAUAUACUCGCUGACAGAUAGAUAUUCCGAAGAAACACCUAUGCAAGUACCAGAUGGGGCAAUUACUGCGUGUCAAUAUGGUCCUUAUAUAUUUGUCGCGGACUUGCAUCAAUAUAAGAUAAUUAAUUUAUCAACAAAACGGAUGGAAAUUGUACAACCAUAUCUAUCUGAUAUUGGCGAUAGGGAAGCUAUUCGUGGAAUUAUACAAUGGGAAGGGCUUCCGAGAGCGAUCAGUGUCGAAUUUCCAUAUGUUGUUGCUUUAUUGCGUAACAACACUAUUGAAAUUCACGAUAUAACUGAACUUAAACUUGUUCAACGCGAAGUCCUUUCGUCAAAAUCAAAAACCAUCUCAACUGGGCCUGGUAUUAAAGUUCAGGUCGCCGGUUUAAUUGAUAAGUUAAAAUUGGAGAGUGGAUAUUUAUUGAAUGAAGAUAAUUCUUCUUCCCAACUAGAUAAUAAUACUUCAUCUGACGUAGAUGGUUUACAAAUUCUCACAGGGUCAAGCAGUAAUCAAUCCAAUUUUUUAGCAACUAUUCCCACUCGACUUAUAAUUGCUGGAAGCGAAUCAGUUGUUGCUUUAGCAGCAACACCUUUGAUCGUUCAGGCUGAUUCGAUGUUGGAUUCUUCUGCCCGCAUAGAUGAAGCUGUAGAAUUGGCCAGACAAGCGAUGAAGACAUCAACUCCAGAUAAUGUCCAUAGCGAAAUCAUGCGUCAUGAAUCUAAUUAUAUUCUUCAAAGAUCUGGCUUCCUUUACCUUGGAGAGACAUUGUUUGAAAUGGCCUUCCCACUUUUCGAAGAAGGAGGAAUCGAUCCUCGGUUAUUAAUUCAAUUAUUCGGAAACUUGAGAGAGAUUAUAUGUUAUGAUAAUAAUUUUACUGUUUAUUCCGGCGUUAAAACAAUUAUCAAACGUCUUGGUGCCAUUGAUGAUAUUGUAUCACGUAGCCUUGUUAAGAAUUAUGACCCUCAUAUUAAGCCUGAUCUCGAAUCAUCACACGCUACAAAAGAACUUCGUAAAGUACUCAUUAAGAAUGCAAAAGAGAUGUUACAAAAGUUUCUAACAAA